CUGCCCGCGGAUUGGCCGGAAACAGGUGCCGUUGCAAGGCCCGCGGAAACGCGCGCCGAGACGCGCUCCAGGGGUGUUCUUGCAGCUGGUGGAGGCGGCCGAGGCAGCAUGGAUCUCAGCGAGCUGGAGAGAGACAAUACGGGCCGCUGUCGCCUGAGUUCGCCCGUGCCAGCGGUGUGCCGCAAGGAGCCUUGCGUCCUGGGCGUCGAUGAGGCGGGCAGGGGCCCCGUCCUGGGCCCCAUGGUCUACGCCAUCUGUUAUUGUCCCCUGUCCCGCCUGGGAGAUUUGGAGGCCCUGAAAGUGGCAGACUCAAAGACCCUAUUGGAGAGCGAGCGGGAAAGGCUCUUUGCGAAAAUGGAGGAGAACAGGGACUUUGUCGGCUGGGCGCUGGAUGUGCUAUCUCCAAACCUCAUCUCUACAAGCAUGCUUGGGCGAGUCAAAUACAACCUGAACUCCCUGUCACAUGAUACAGCCACUGGGCUUAUACAGUAUGCAUUGGACCAGGGCGUGAACGUCACCCAGGUGUUCGUGGACACUGUAGGGAUGCCAGAGACAUACCAGGCACGGCUGCAGCAAAGUUUUCCCGGGAUUGAGGUGACGGUCAAGGCCAAAGCAGAUGCCCUCUACCCAGUGGUUAGUGCUGCCAGCAUCUGUGCCAAGGUGGCCCGGGACCAGGCCGUGAAGAAAUGGAAGUUCGUGGAGAAACUGCAGGACUCAGAUACUGAUUAUGGCUCAGGCUACCCCAAUGAUCCCAAGACAAAAGCAUGGUUGAAGGAGCACGUGGAGCCUGUGUUCGGCUUCCCCCAGUUUGUCCGGUUCAGCUGGCGCACGGCUCAGACCAUCCUGGAGAAAGAGGCGGAAGAUGUUAUAUGGGAGGACUCAGCACCCGAGGAUCAGGAGGGACUCAGGAAGAUCACAUCCUACUUCCUCAAUGAAGGGUCCCAAGCCCAUCCCCGUACUUCCCACCGAUACUUCCUGGAACGUGGCCUGGAGUCAGCAACCAGCCUCUAACAGCUGCCUCUACUCGCUCUACCUGCCUCCCCAACCCAGACAUUAAAGUUGUUUAAGGAGAACCGCACGUAGAGGAUGUACUUUUGAGACAGAGGCGAGGUGGGAGUGUGCUCUGCAGCCGGGUCCAGCUAUUGCCUUUUGGAACCUUAAACAGAAUGGGUGUUGGUUGAUUGAUUUUA